UUAGAAAAAAAACAAAAUCUACGCAAAGCAAAUUCGCCAAGGCGAACCUCAGAAAUAGAAAGUCAGUGGAGGGAUUUUCAGCGCUGUGAGGAAAACUUCCAGAGACAGAAACGGGAGAUGCAGCAACGCGAGCAGGAUUUACAAAGGAAACUCAGAGUGGUUAAAGAACGGUAUCAGGACUCUCAAAGCCACCUAACGGAUAUUGAGCAACAUGAACAAAAUAUGCAGCGGCUAUUGAGAGAGCUUCAGGAACGAGAAAAAAAUUCUCAAAGGCAACUGAUGGAGUUUCAACAACGUGAACAAAAUAUGCAGCGGUUGUUGAGAGAGCUUCAGGAAAGAGAAAAAAAUUCUCAAAGGCAGCUGAGGGACUUUCAACAACGUGAAGAAAAUUCUCAGAGGCAGCUGGUGGAGUUGCAGCGGCAACUGAGGGAGAUAGGACAACAGUUGACCAAUUGCCGAGGACAAGUUUCUGAAGUACAGUUAAGUCUUUCAACAGCACAGCAAACAAUAAAUCAAUUGCGGAACCAGGAAACACGUGACUGGGUUAUUCCCAGGGACGAAAUUCAAAACACAGAGAAAUACCUUGGGAGGGGAGGAUGGGGAAUUGUCAAUGAGGGAACGUAUUGUGGCUGUUCUGUAGCAGUGAAACAGAUCCAUGAGUUGAUUCUUUCUCCUCAUAACAUAAAUCUGUUUGAAAGAGAAAUGAAUAUCGCUUCUAAAUGCCGCCAUCCUCACUUACUACAGUUUAUCGGCGCCACCAUUGAUGAGGGAACUCCUCUGUUUGUGACCGAGCUGAUGGAGAAAAGUCUGCGCACUUUGUUGGAGCAGCGGCAACUCUCCGAGACAGAAAUAGCCGUCAUUUCUCUGGAUUUAGCACGUGCCCUGAACUACCUUCAUCGAAAGAAACCAGAGCCUAUCAUUCACCGUGACGUCAGCAGUGCGAAUGUGUUGCUAUGGCGACAGGAUGACCAAUGGAGAGCCAAAGUGUCUGAUUACGGUACUGCUAAUUUUAUACAGCAGACCAUGACAGUGGCUCCUGGAGCUAUGAUUUACAGUGCACCUGAGGCACUUACAUCAAACCAAACAGUCAAGGUAAGUUUAAGUGAAUAUUCAAGACUGUUUACUUACUAAAACUGUACAGCAAGGCUAACAGUGGCAGAAGUGAUAAGUGAUGUCCACUCUAUAAACAAUACAUAUGAAAUGACUAUAUCUUUGUGAGGAGUCUUUGUACCUUGUUCUGCACUUUUUUCACUCUUUUAUACAUAUCUUCUUCAUGGAUUUGGUCCACGUAAUUGGAUUCUUUAAUUUAUCCCUUCUUGUGUCUAAAGACAACAGUCACGGGAUAGCAAAAGUUAAUUAGUAUUUUUAGAAACAAAACAUUUAAGCCAAGAACGUACCAUGAAGCCUUUUAAGGAUCUUCUGUUUUCUAGGCUUUUCUUAUCCAUUUAUCGAUAUUCAUCUAUUUUGAAUUCUCGAGUUCCUCCCUCUCGUGUUACCUUAACUCCUUUUGUAAUGAGUACACAACUAAUAAGUAAUGUCAUGUAUUAUGAUUGCUUUUAGGUUGAUGUGUACAGCUUUGGUGUUCUUCUUUCUGAAAUGUGUAUCCGGGAACUUCCAGAUCCUAGUAAGCGUGAAGAACAAGUCGUGCUUGUAACGAACGGUGCGUUUCGCGGCGUGGUACGGCGAUGCCUGAUUAGAGAUCCGGGGCAGAGACCAACCAUGCAGGAGAUAAUCGAUGAACUGAAAGAUGCCGAUGUAUCAUCUUAA